AUGGCGGCAGCAGAGACCUCGCGCCUCAAAGCCACCGUCUUCGUCGGCGGCCUCGACCAAGCGGUCACCCAGCAGACUCUGUACCACGCAUUCCUGCCCUUCGGCGACAUCGUCGAGGUCAACCUCCCCAAGCCGGAGGCGCCCAAUUCGACCGACAUUCAUAGGGGCUUCGGCUACGUCGAGUUCGAGCAGGCAGGCGACGCGAAGGACGCUAUCGACAACAUGGACCGCAGCGAGCUGUACGGCCACGUCGUUAAGGUUGCGGCUGCGAAGCCGCAGAAACAGGCGAAUGAAGGUCUGGGUAGCAAGACUGCGGUCUGGGAGCAGGAGGGUUGGCUGGCAAAACAUGCCGUGAGCGAAGAAGAUCGCAAAGCCACAGAGCAGAAUCAAGAGGUCGCGAAUGACGGACCCAUGGAUCCAAUGCAGGGGCUGGAAGGUCUCGAUGAAGCUGGACCGAAGCAGGCUUGA